AUGUCUGAUGAAGCUGUCAGUGCUGCUGCUGCUGGUCUUGCAGACUUCAGCCAGUCCUCUGGACAUCGGAGCAACACGGAGCAGGAAAACGUCUCCUUCAUGAAAUCGGAUAUAAAUGGCACCCCUGAAAUCACAGAGAGCCGAUUGCUGCUACCGGAUCGCCCUCUUCUAACUGUUGCUAAGCUAAUGCAGAAGAGGCAGGUUCAGUCCUCCUCCUUCGUGUCUGCUGAUGGCUCUAACCUGGCCUCCUCCUUCUUGUCUGGCAGUGGCUCUAACCUGGAGUGGGUGACCUGGAACAACUCUCUCCCAGACCAUGCAGUUUCAAUUUACGUUGAUUACUUUGAUCGCAUCGAUUAUGUCUGCAAAUACAAGUGUGAGGCUGGCUUUUAUACUCCCAGCAUGGGUUCUUAUUGCAACUAUGCCAAUGCAAAAAAAGUAGAUGCUGGUUCCCCGUUUGAGAUCCUGGAGUGGAAAGAGGGUUCGCAAGGUUCAGUGCCCCAGAGUUCAGUCACAACCUGCUCAAGGGGAAAUAUAUAUGUAGGGAAGAACCAACAUGGACUUGGGCAGGUUGUGACUGAAGAGAAGCACUUCUACCUCUCAUGGAAGAAUUCUCUAUUUUCAUACAGCUCCUACCAGGUCCUGACCACCAGUGAGGCUAUAAUCAGCCAGCAGGUUUACAAUGUCAGGUACAUCACUGAUGAGUCUAAAUUCAUCCAAUAUCCUCCGGAGGUCAUGCGGAAAACAUCUGUCAGCAACUACGAAUGCCGCUCAGUGGUGAAAACAGACUCCCUUUCAAAAACGUACCAGGUGGAGCACAGGUGGGACAACAGCGAUUCUAUCAAAGCAGGUGUUGAAAUGACCCUCACAGCCAAAAUCCCUUUCAUCGUCUCCAACAGUAUUAAAUUGGGCAUCGAAGUGUCGUUCCAGUACUCUUGGGGAAAGACGGUGACCGAGGCCAUCACCAGUACUGAUUCUGUGGAGGUCACGGCCCCGCCAAACAGUUACUGCGUGGUUAAUAUGGAGCAACAUAAGAUCACAGUUAACAUCCCGUACACGGCGAGCCUCAAACGCACCUACGCUAAUGGGGAGAUCCACACCACGUCCAUCACCGGGACGUAUGACAGCGUUCAGGUUGGAGAAGUCCGGGCCGUGGCGGACCGAUGUGAACUUCUCAAAGACGCCAAGCCUUGCAAAUAA